AUGUCGACGACGAGACGAAUCUGCUCCGUGGUGUCAAGAGAUUUCAAUCUCAGCUUCGGAAAUUGUAUCAUGGGAUUUGACAGAAAUACUCUGCUACAGUAUAAUAAAAAUUCGAGCUCAUCGAAGCUUAUUCAGGAAUCCUCUUAUUUCCAUGGCCUUCUAAAUGGAAGCUUCAGUGAAUCAGGUCUUGAUCAUAUCUCUAUAGAAUGGAAUCCAGAGAAUUUUUUGAAUCUUCUCAAGUGUAUGUAUGGUUGCUCCAUGGAUGUUACAUCCACUAGUUUCUUAAAUUUAUUCGAGGCUGCACUUUUUUUUGGUGUGGAGAAGCUUCUCUCUAAAUGUCAAAACUGGCUUUCAGUGUUGUCUUCAUCGAAAGACCCCGCAUCACCACGACUAGAAUUGUUUGACCUUAUACAUAUUUGGAGCUUUGGUCUCGAGCAUGCUGGAGAAUUUUUGACAGAUCUAUGUGUGGCCUAUCUUGCAAAGAAUUUCAUGAUGGUAAAAUCUGAUAAGUAUUUUGGAAAUGUUCCAUAUGAGUUGUUGAUGUGUUGCAUAAAACAUCCUUAUCUGACUGUACACAGUGAGAUGCAUCUUGUUGAUGCACUUCUUGUUUGGCUUGAUGCCGACAGAAGAAUGUCGGAGAGUAGCCAGGAUAACAUAAUCAACUUGAUGGAACAGGUCCGUUUCAGCCUUUUGCCACUGUCGUUUAUUGCAGGAAGAAGCAAGUCUCAUGGUUUCUCAAAGUUUGCUGAUCAAAGCGUUGAAUUGGUUUUUAAACUAAUGAAAAUGUCAUCGACAUACUUGGUCGAUAGUCUAAGAGAUGGCUCUCCUGCUGAUCUUAGAGUACGGCUGUCUGAAUACUCAGAGAGAUUGGACCUCUCAGGAUGCCCGCAGGUAAAUGAAGCCAUUUUGCUACUGUCACUACUUCCUAACUCAUAUUUCGCGAACCCCAUGUGGAGAAAGAGUUUGAAGAGUUUCGUAAGGAACCGUGAUGAUGAUGAAAGAAACGAAGAAUCUCAGAGAAGUUUACCAGUUUUGUCUUUUGAAACGGUGAACGAGGUUGAUAUUUCCAAGUGUCAGAGGCUUGAUUAUAAAGUUGCGAUCAAGUGCUUCUCUAAGUCAUUCCCAUCAUUAAGAAAACUGAGAGCUGCUUAUCUCUUAAACAUCAAGGUGUCCACUAUUCUUAAACUUCUCCAGAUUUUUCGCCAGCUUACUGAAGUUGACUUAACAGUUGAUAUCACUCCUACAAUAUCGUGUCAAGCAUCGGUGGUUUACUCUAGUCCAUAUUUAGCUCAAACUCCCAUCCCCUUUGAUUCUUUCCAAGGUCAAUCGUCUCUCUCGAAUAUCACAAGGCUAACGCUGGAGGGUAGAAGUGAUAUAAAUGAUAUGGAUCUACGGAGCAUCUCUAUAUUAUGUAAUUCAUUAUGUUACCUGAAUAUAAAAGGGUGUGCACUACUCUCAGAUGCAUGUAUAGCAUAUGUUAUACAGAGCUGUACAAACUUACACUCUCUUAUCGUUUGCUAUACCUCUUUUUCGGAGAAUUCGAUACUGGCACUAUGCGCUAGUAUAUCUAUGACCAAUGAGCCUCUGGAUUCAAAUUCACUAGCAUCCAAUCUUCAGAUGCUACACAUGAGUAAAUGUGAUGGAGCUAAUGAGACAUGGCUUCUAAACUUGAUAGCUCGUACACAGAAAAUGAAGAGCCUUUGCUUAAGGGAUACAAAAGUUUCAGACAGUGUGCUAUGUGAAUUCCCUGGCUCUUCCUUGCAAGCACUUGAUAUUUCAAAUACCACGAUAUCUAGGAUGGCUCUUACUCGUGUAAUUACCAAUAAUCCUGAUCUAAAAAGCCUCAAAGCCAGGGGAUGUAAAAAUCUGCUUCAGUUACACGUUGAUGGGAGAAGUGACAAUUUUUUUUCUGGUCAAGAUCUGUUUAAUUGUUUAGGAAAGGGAAGUAGAUUGGAGGAGCUUGAGAUUGGUUGGGGAUUUUCUUAUUUCUCUCUUGAGCCUUUGAGACCUGCAGUUUCGUUCCUACGAGCUAUAAGCGUGGGUUUGGGUGCUUCCUUAGGUGAAGAUGCAUUAAAGCUUCUACCUUCAGCUUGUCCUUUGCUAGAGUCUGUUGUCCUUUAUUUUCAGGAAAUAUCUGAUUCUGCCUUGACAAGUAUUGUGACAUCAUUGAAGCACCUAAAAGAGCUAGCUUUGUCCUAUUGUUAUGGUGACAUAUCCCUUCAAAGUUUCAAGUUCUCUAUGCCAAGCCUGAGAAAGCUAAGGCUUGAGAGGGUAACUCGGUGGAUGACCAAUGAUGAUUUAUUUGUUCUCACACAAAGCUGUCCGAACUUGACCGAGCUUUCGCUAAUAGGAUGUAUACACUUAAAUUCAGAUGCUCAACCUAUCAUCUCAGCUGGAUGGCCGGGAAUGAUUUCUCUUCAUCUAGAGGAAUGCGGUCAGAUAACAGAGAAUGGUGUCGCUUCUCUCUACGGCUGCGUAGCACUUGAAGACCUUUUACUUUGCCACAACGGCUCUGGAAUACAGAAAAGCUUCCUUCUCGAUGCUGCUUUGAAGUUUCCAAUGCUUCGGCUGGUAUCUUUGGACGUGUGUGACGCAAAGGAAGGCGACUUCGAUGUAGAGGAGAAAGAAGGUCGUUUUCUAAGCAUUGUGAAAAUCAGUAGAUGCAAGUCUCGGAGAUGCGCAAUGGGAAGAGACUUGGCUCCAGUUCUUAAAGAGACGUUGGUUAUGUUUUGGAAUGGCCAAAACUUCACUGAAACGGUGCUCAAACAAAGACUUUAA